UGCUCAAAAGUCUAUAACCCAACAAUUUGUUCCUUUAUAGCACAGAAUAAAAGGCCCUUCAUUCUCUGUCAAAACUAAAGGCAUAGCAAAAUGUCAAGAGAGAGAAAGAAUAGUAGUGUCCUUGUCUCCCUAAUCUUGCACUCCAUUAUUCUCACAUCCGCCACCGAACCCCCAUGCAAGAAAUCCUGCGGCCCAACCCCAAUCAAGUACCCUUUCGGCUCCGGCCGCGGCUGCGGCUCUCCCCGCUUCCACCCCUACGUCUCCUGCUCGGCCCCCACCAACCAACUCCUCCUCACCACCCACACCGGCACCUACCCCAUCACCUCCGUCGACUACUCCGCCUCCGUCCUCACCAUCUCCCCUCCCUGCAUGUCCAACUGCACCACCAUGCGGCCCACCUCCCUCAAAUUCGGCCUCGACUGGGCCGGCCCAUUCCAGCUCGGCCCAUCCACUUUCAUCCUCUUAGGCUGCUCCUCACUAUCCUCCUUAUGCGACGCCACGUCGUCUGCCUACCUCUGCCCCACCAUCUGCUCGUGCCCGGCCACGGCGGCGCUGUCCAGCAACGCCUGCUGCGUCUACGCGCCGGCGAAUCUGGACGAGCUGGACGUGGCAGGGCUGGGGUGCGCGGCCUACAGCUCGGUGGCGGCAGUGGGGGACGAGCCCACCGAUCCGGCCACGUGGCGGUACGGGGUGGCGCUGAAAUACACGGUGGGGCUGGAUGGGUACGGCAUGGCGCCCGGGUGCCGCGGGUGUGAGCUCAGCGGGGGCGUGUGUGGGUACGCGCCGCCGAGGGAUUCGUUCGUAUGCGUGUGUGAGUCGGGGAAUACCACUUCGGAUUGCAAUGGCUAUAACUGGAUCUAUAUGAGCUCAUCUUAUAAAUUAAGUGCAGGAAUGUUUUGGCUGGGAAUAGCAGUCUGGUUGGCGGUGAAAUUGUGAAAGAAUUUCCUGCUCUAUUUUUAGCAUUGAUUCUUACAAAAUGUGGAUGCUUGGGUAGUUGUGGAGAAUAUAUCUGCAAUGGAAGUCUAAGAGAAUAAAGUUAGCAUCGGCGAAUAAUAUCUGUCUAAUUGAUUAAUUUUUUAAACCAUGCAAAAACGAGAGGCAUUUCUUUUUGUUAUGAUUUUUAAUAAAUUGUGAUAAAAAUCAUACUCGCUAGAAGGAGGGCUUGAACCUCCGACCUUGUGGUUAACAGCCACACGCUCUAA